AUGACAAAAGAGGGUCAGCAACGAGCCGAGCUGCGACUUCACCAGCUACUGCCCGAUGGCAUGACCAACAUUUGGGCCGGGCUCGAAGCAGGCAUCCAGCUCCUCGCAGCUGCAUCGGACGGCAUGAGGCUGCAACAUUUGCUACUGCUGACGGAUGGGAUCCCGAACAUCAAUCCACCACGUGGCAUUGUGCCAAUGCUCAAGAGGCUCAAAGAGAAGAGUGGAGGAAGGCUUCCGUGCAGCGUGAACACCUUUGGCUUCGGUUAUGAGUUGGACAGUGAGUUGCUUCAUGAGCUGGCACGGCUCGGUUCUGCCUCUUAUGCCUUCAUACCCGAUGCCGGCUUCGUGGGCACAGUCUUCGUGAAUGCUGUUACGAACUUGUUGGUGACCAUGGGGGCCAACCCCGUGCAAGGGUCUCAAACUUGUUCCAGUCGGUGA